AUGGCAUCUCAGGGUCAAAGUCUGGGUUCCAAGUCAGAUGAAGACUGUAAAGAGAGCUUUCAAGAGGAGCUUCUGAGUAUUGAUUCAAGCCUGGGGGUCCAAAAUGUGGAGAGCCUGAAGUUUCUCUGCAUCAACCUGGUCUCCAAGAAGAAGCUGGAGAAAUGCAGCUCAGCCUCAGAUAUUUUUAAUCAUCUCAUGGAAGAAGAGCUGUUGUGUAAUGAAGACCCUUUUAUCCUAGCAGAACUCCUCUACACCACCAAGCAGAAUCAUCUGCUGCAGCACCUUAGCUAUACCAAAGCGCAGGUGGAGACUUUGAUGCCCACCCGAAAGAAGGUCUCUCUGUUCAGAAACCUGCUCUUUGAACUAUCAGAAGGCAUCAACUCACAGACCUUAAAGAACAUGAUCUUCCUUCUGAGAGAGAGGAUUCCAAAAACCAAGAUGACUUCACUAAGUUUAUUGGCACAUCUAGAGAAACAAGAUGAAAUAAAAGAAGAUAAUCUGACAUUACUGGAGGACCUCUGCAAAAAGGUUGCACCUCACCUUCUGAAAAUGAUAGAGAACUAUAAAAGAGGGAAAGGAUCUCAUGAUGUAGCCCACACUGGUGAUGAAGUUGUGAUCCUCCUGCCUUAG